UGUGUGGGUGGCCGUGGCGCCCUCUUAUCUCUUUCAAAAAACAGAUGGAAAAUAUUAAUAUUAGCUGAUGGUGAUGUGAUUAAGGUGAUACAGAAGCUAAACAAGUAAGAAACAUGGCUAUGGCUAUGACUUGGGCAACACCAUUUCUUUCUUCUUCAACUCUGCAAACUCAAAAGCAAGCUCAUUUCACAUCAUCAAGAAAGUCCCUCCAGCGUUUUGCUACUCGUUGUAGUCUCCCUGAUGAUCUCUUCCUAGCUGCCAAACACGCCGUGGAUUCAUAUGUGAAGAAUGGUAUGGUAAUUGGAUUGGGUUCAGGUAAUGCUUCUACUUUGGCUAUACAAUAUCUUGGUCAGCAACUCCGGGCUGGUGCUUUAAAAGAUGUUACUGGCAUACCAACAUGUGUUGGCAGUGCAAGUGAAGCAGCGAAGGCAGGAAUCCCGUUGGAACAGUAUGAUGAUAGUUAUAAGAUUGAUCUAGCAUUUGAUGAAGCUGACAUUAUGGAAGAAGAAACACUUGCUGCAAUCGUUGGUCUUCGAAAACUGCAGGGUGAUGAUUCUAUAAUUAAAGAGAAGACUAUUUUGGAAGCAGCUGAUCAACUGAUAUUUAUUAUAAAGGAAAAAAAAUUCAAGGGCAGUGUAGAAGGUUCAAUUCCAGUACUAAUCAAAUCUGUUAACUGGCUUGAAACAGCCGAAGAAAUAGACGACCUCUUUCUAGGAGAUGCAGAGGUUUGGAGGAGGCCAGCUAUAGGGUAUGCAGAUCCUCUGGGAGGUGAUUUCCCUUUAGUCACAAAAGAAGGGCACAACAUUCUUGAUGUCAUAUUUACAUCUCCAAUAGAAAGCCUUGUUGAGGUGGCUAAAACUCUUGAUCAAAUUGAUGGUGUUGUGGAACAUGGUGUUAUCUUCAGGAACCCGUGCACAGCAAUCAUUGCCUCAGAAAAUGGGCUGCAAAUCGUUGAUAAUACAAUUCAGAUGGAAUCAAGCAACCUGUAAUGGAGAAAAGCUCAGCAUUGUGGAUGCUGUAAUUUUGAGUCUUGCCACUCUCCACUGUUUUCUAUUUCAAGUGUUCCGUAACAUUUUCAAAAGCGAAAGAAGACGAGAUCUUUGAGUUGUAUUUUACGCUCUUAUUAUAGGGAAUGCUUUGUGAAACAAUAGUAUGUUUUUACAAUUUUUGAAAUUAUAGUAUAAGCAUAGGUUCAACCAAGAAAAGUGGGAAACGAGGCAAUGGCUUUCUCUUGUUCA